AUGACGGAACCAUCUCAGCCCGAGACCCACGACAAGGCGUGGGAAAAAGCGGAGCGCCAAUUCGCCCAUAAAACUGCAAGCCAGUUCUAUGACCCUUGCCAGGACUUCGCGGAUCGUAGUCUCAAAUGUCUGAAGCGCAAUGGUUAUGAUCGAGAGAUGUGUGGUGACUACUUCCAGGCUUAUCGGGAUUGCAAGAAGAAUUGGUUGAAUCAAAAGAAGGCAGCACCUGGAUCGUCCGACUCCAAUUAG